AGAGAGUUGCGAUGUCCGAUCGCUUGUGUCUUAAGAUUAGUUCAAGACAUGAUCAAUCUCAACAGUCUUCGCAUUUCGUGACAGUGAUUCGCAGUGCAAACAAGUUUGAAUUAUGAAGCUGUAUCAGGACAUUAGCUACGUCGGAUUGGUACUAGUGGUGUGUUUGAAAAUUGUAGAGUGCAAAGUGUUUUUAGCAUGGGGACAAGUUGAGCCUAAAACUACGCCUUUCAUAGUCCGUGCAGAAAAAGUAGAAAAACUUGGUGAAUAUCCAUGGCAUGUAGCAAUAUUUCAUAAAGGAUCAUACCGUUGUGGAGGGUCGAUUAUUUCUGAUCAAUUUGUGUUGACAGCUACUCAUACUACUUACCUCGAAAAUCGCCAAAUAAAUCCAUCCAGCCUGACCGUUAAAGCUGGCAUUAUCAAUACUGCAGCAGAAGAUUCUAAGGACUACACAGUUACCGAGAUAAUAAGGUAUCCUGGAUAUGAUGCAAAUACUUUGGUUCACGACAUAUGUCUAUUAAAACUGAACAAACAAAUCGAAUUCAAUAAAUUUAUAAGACCUGUGAAACUGUGGGACAAUACGGAUACACUCAUGUCAUCUCUUGGAAGCGGAAACUAUUUCGAGGUUGUACUAGGAUUUGGUUGGACAGAAAAUAGAACAUCCUCAACAGAUUUGAGACGUGCUCGUUAUUAUCCUGUUAGCCCAAUUGAAUGUGCAAGUAUUAAAUCAUUCAAACCAGCUUUGGAACAGAAUAGCGCAUUUUGUGCAAAAAGUGAUGAAAAUGUCACCAUUUGCACGGGUGACAGUGGUGGUGGCUCGGUAUACUACGAUGAUCGCAAUAAAGCAUACUACUUACGCGGUUUAGUAAGUAUGGGAUUUUGGAUGGGUGAAACUUGCGUAAGCAAUAGGGCAGGAUUGUUCACCAAUGUUGUGCGUUAUAUCAAAUGGAUCGAGAAGAUUGCUGUACCUACUAUGUACAAUUUAGUGGGAAUAGCCAAUUGUAAGGGUGUCUCAUUGAGCCAGCAAUCAACGCUAACGCUUCCUGCUCUAGCACACCUGAAAUACGCCUUCAGGAAGACAUUUUCUGUAAGCGAUUGCCAUGGGCUACUAAUCACGAGGAAGCAUGUGCUAACCCAAGCAAACUGCAUAGCGAACAACACCGUGCGAAAAUUGCACGCCGUAGCACUGGGAAGUUCAGCCGUUAAUGACCCUUUGGAGCCCUCUCGACAGUACGGUAUACAGUCAAUGAAAUAUGAACAAGAGUUAGCCAUCAUAACAUUGGUGGAAGAAGUUGAUGAAUCUAUCGAACCAGUUUGCAUUCCGACACGACCGGAAGAAGGUGAACAAAGUAUUCUGUUUUGGGAUCAAAAGGCGAAACAUCCAAAGUUCAUACAGCAGCGAAACAUUAUGCAGCUCAAUGAGAAAAUGAACAGCUUUCAUAACGUUUUAAAUAUUAAAAUAAAAGAUACUGCCACAGACCGAAGAAUAGGUAGCGCUCCGCUUAUGUACACAGUCACGGAAGGAACAGAAAAACAUGCAUACAUUAGAGCACUUGAAAAGUGCUCUACCCAUACCUGUGAAACGGGUACGUUUAUAGACGUGCUCAUGUAUAGACAAUGGAUCAAAAAUAUCACCAAUGGCUACAUUGAUGACAGUAUUGUUAUGCCACCUUUACCCGAGCAGGACAAAAAAGAUGAAGAAUAACAAACUCAGGUAUGGAAAACCGAAUACCUACAACCUAGAUGAGGUAUUAAGAAACCCUGCAUAAAAUAGGGUAUCGCGCCACUUGGGCGGUGACUUCUAUAUUCGUCUGUUUUUCACUAUAACUCAGUCAAUUUUGAACCAAUUGACUUGAAAUGUUGUACACGGGUAGAUACUAUACCUAUCUCACCACAUUCCAAAAGUUGUGUCAAUUGGAUCAAAUUUGACUGAGUUAUAGUGGAGAACAGACGAAUAUAGAAGCCACCGCCCAAGUGGCGCGAUUCCCUACCUGAAAUAAUAACUGGUGUGUAUUCUGUGCAUAACACAUGAAUAAUGACAUCAAGUAUGGCAAUAUCUGAAUAAUAAUCGGCGAUUUGUCCAUACAAAUAGUGAUUUUUCCAUAAUUGAACAAAACCUCAGGACUGCUCAACACCAAUCCAAUAACUCGUUGAGGUAUUUUAUCAAUACCUACAAAAUACCAAAGUAAGUUAUUUUCAAUACAAAGAUAACCGACCAAUACCUUGUCUUGGUAUGAUACCUGAUUUUGGUAUGCAGCAGUUAUGUGUCAGUUAUUCGUUCCUGCUCGGGUAGAGGGAAAACUUGUGUCAAAAUAAUGGCUCUGCUAGGUAUUUUAUUGUCAAAAUAAACUGAAAAUAAACGGA